UUUUGCUGUCUCAUUGCUGUGUCGUCUAUUAAACUCAGCCUCUCCACAGUGAUUGAGACAGACGAUUUCAGCUUUACUCAUGUGGGAUGAUCUGAUUGAAUUUCAGUUGGUGACGUUGUUGAUGAGUGCCAUUUGUCUCCGCUGCCAUCUCCCAUCAGCAUCCACAAUUGCAGUCUUUGUUGUCUGAAUGAGAGGACACAUUCUUCCAGAGGGAUGACCUCUCUUCUCCCUGCUGGCCCCGGCACGGCUGACACCAGCCCAGCAGCCUCUCUCUCCAUCUCUUAUUGUCUUUUCUCUCUCAAAGGCCACCAGCAGGAUAUCUGACUGAUAAACAGAGUGUGUAAAUGACUGUGUCAAGGCAAAGAGAGAACGAUGAAACAUGUGUGUUUGAUUGGGGUUGGAGCUGAAAUCUGCAGGAAGAUACCUCUCCAGGGUUGGAAACCCCUGAUACACUCUUAAAAAUAAAGAUCCUGAUAGAGUUACUCAGACACUGACCGCUGAGGGGUUAUGAUGAGAGAGGGAUAAACACAGAUAAGACAUGCCGAAAAGAAGGGACGUCCUGGCACUCUUUUUGAUUUUGUUACCGUGGACUUUAUUGAUCACAUUUUGGCACCAGCGCGCUGGCAACUCCCUGAUUCCAGUUCCUAAAGAUAACAGAACUAGGGCCAGUAAAGCUCACCAAAGAGGCUUUCGACUUCAUGAGUCCUGCGUCACGGAGAACAAGUGCAUCACUAAGGUCAACCAGAUGAGGUACAUCCACCAGCGACCUCCACCCUGGUCUGACACAUUGCCAACUCUUCACGUAAUAACACCAACCUACAGUAGACCCGUCCAAAAGGCCGAGUUGACCCGCCUCACUAACACCUUCUUACACGUCCCCAACCUUCACUGGCUGGUGGUGGAGGACUCGGCGCAGAAGACGGCACUGAUGUCCAGGCUGCUGGAGAACACGGGACUGAAUUACACUCACUUGAAUGUAGAGACGCCUGAGAAUCUCAAGACACAAAAGAAGCCCAGAAAUGUACGUAUCCCACGAGGCACCAUGCAGAGGAACCUGGCUCUCCGCUGGCUCAGGGAGAACAUCAACCCAAACUCCAGUCAUAAAGGAGUCGUGUAUUUUGCAGAUGAUGACAAUAGUUACAGCUUGGAGCUGUUCGAGGAGAUGCGCUGGACUCGUAAAGCGUCAGUAUGGCCGGUUGCCUUCGUUGGAGGUCUCCGAUACGAAUCGCCCAAAAUCAACUCUCAAGGCAAAGUGUUCGGCUGGAGGACGGUGUUUGACCCUCGUCGACCUUUCGCCAUCGACAUGGCUGGGUUUGCCGUGAACCUUCAGCUCAUCCUCAGCAAACCUCAAGCCUACUUCAAGUUAAAAGGGGUAAAAGGUGGAUACCAGGAAAGUAGUCUGCUACAGGAUCUGGUCACCCUCAGUGACCUGGAACCCAAAGCCGCUAACUGCACAAAGAUACUGGUUUGGCACACUCGGACAGAAAGACCCUUGCUUGUGAAUGAAGGAAAAAAGGGAUUCACGAAUGGCAGCAUGGAAGUAUAAUGAACUGCUUUCAUACUGUUUUUGAAGUUGAGCAAAGCCUAAGUAUCUGUAACAGAAGUAAUAAAACAUAUUGUUUACUGCAUUGAAUGUAAACAAUCAGAGACACAUUGAAGUAUUUGACUUAAGGCUGGAAUACACUACAUGACUUUUGCCCAGAUUUUUGCCCUGAUUUGCAGUCUGGAGGAGUCGAUGCAUGUUGAAAAGUCACAGCCAGUCUACAGAUAUUGGGCAAAAGUUGACACGCUGUAAAAAAUAAUCUAUAAAAUUUAUGGUAAAAAAAAAAACAGCAGCUGAAGUUGCUAGAACCUUAUUGCAAAAAAUAUAGUACGGAUUUUACAGACUGAACUAAUUUAGAGUUAAAUAACGUCAUUGUCUUAUAAUGGCAAAAUGCCAGAGUACUAGAAUCUGUUUGGCACCUUUAGAAUAAACUGACAACUAUCAUAAAAACCACAGGUGGUAAAGACGGAGCCACACGAUGAAUCAACGUUCAAGUCGCUUUUCCAUAAACUGCGAAUAUUAAUAAUUAGAAGGUGCACAGUUUCAUCCACAAAAAUACAAACCACCAUCAUGGUAAUACAUGAGACUUAAAUGCAAUAACCAUUAAUUUAACAACAUGAGAUGUAACAUACGUAAAGCCCCAAUGUACAUAACUGAUAACAAAUAAUUUUUUUUUAAUGAAAAAUGAUCAAAGUGUCACACAAGGACCAAUUUUCCACUAAAUUAUAAGAUGCUCUUUUUGACUUGCGUUUUUACUGUAUUUAAGAGUAUUUUACAUGAAAUCUUCCAAUAUAUGUAUCGUUUUUCACCAUAUCUGAUAACCAUUUACCAUUAAAAUUACAGGCAUUUUCUUGCAGUGCGGAUUUUACAGAAAAUCACAGGGUGUAUGAUGGGCACACUCUUUUUAUUUUGUCUGCUCAAAAUUCGGUGUAAAAAUGCAAUACUGCAUAUUUAAUGCGUGAUCUUCACU